AUGGCAGAGGUGAGGAAGUUAUUAGAGUCUCCGGUAUCAGGGAGGGAGGCGGCCAUGUCACUACCCUCUGACCUGAGGAUAGUUCUGGUGGGGAAGACUGGAGCAGGGAAGAGUGCAACAGGAAACACCAUCCUGGGGGGAAAUGUGUUUAAAGCAGAGUCCUCCCCAAAGUCUGUAACCAAACACUGUAGAAAAGGUGAAAGGUAUGUUCCAGGAACAAAAGUAACAGUAAUUGAUACCCCAGGGAUCUUUGAUACAACAAUGUCUGAAAAGGAGAUGAAGAGGGAAAUGGAUGAGUGUAUUAAGAUGUCAGUCCCAGGACCCCAUGUGUUCCUGCUUGUGAUUAGGCUGGAUAGAUUCACAGAGGAGGAGAGUAACACUGUGAUGUGGAUCCAGGAGAACUUUGGAGCAGACGCUUCACCCUUCACAAUCUUACUGUUCACUCGGCCCGAUCAGCUGGAGGGCAAACCAGUGACGACGUUCCUGACAGAGAGUGAUGAGCUUCAGAAAGUCAUCCAUGUGUGUGAGAACAGGUUUCAUGUCUUUAACAAUAGAGAGAGGGAGGACGACACUCAGGUCACAGAGCUGCUGGAGAAGAUAGGGAAGAUGGUGGAGAAGAAUGGAGGAAAACACUACACCAGUGAGAUAUAUGAAGAGACUCACAAUAAGAUAAAAGAGGAGGAUAGAAAGAGACAGGAGGAGGUGAGGAAGAAACAGGAGGAACAGAGGAAGAAACAGGAGGAUCAGGAAAGGAUCAUAGCACUGUAUGAGGAGAAGGAGAAGAGAGACGCAAAGAAAGAUUUUCGAAGUUCUCUACUACAAAUAGUUGGUGCAGCUGUUACAGGUCUGGGAGUUAUUUUGGGAGUUCCACCUAUAAUAUCAGCUGGAGUUGCUAUAUCAGGUACAGUGAUAGUUGAGAAAAUUGCAGCGGAUAGUGACAAGUAGGGAAUGCAGGACACUCACCCAAAGUUGACAUGAGACGUAUGAGUAAUCAGAAAUAAUAGGGACUCUUUUUCCUGUCUGCCUACAUUCUUGUUGCUUGGUAUCAUUAAAAAGGUCAUGGUGAGGGGUCAGGGUUCAUGAAAUGGUCGAGGGGUAAAGAGGGCAAAAUCAAAUCCAGUUGAGGAUUUAGCAGUCAAGGUAGAUGAAUGCCAAGUAUAUUGCUGUUGUAUAUCAUUGUCAUCGUUAAUAUUUUCUUUCAAAAUACUCUACCGGUCAAAAGUUUUAGAACACCUAACACAUUCAAGCU